AAUAUUUUAUGGGCAAAGUCAUAAUUAUAUAGUUCCGGUGGAUAUGAAUGCAAUGUGAAGAACUCUUGUUUGAUCUGGGAGACUGCGAUUAUCUAAGCCACGAGAGUGGGGAGCGGGAAGAACGAGGCAAUUCACUGAGAAGCAGAUAUGAUUAAAGCCGUGAUGGUGAUGAACACCCAAGGCAAGCCCCGUCUUGCAAAAUUUUAUGAUUUUCAGCCUUUCGAGAAGCAGCAGGAACUUAUGCGCGGUAUCUUUUCAGUCUUGUGCAGUCGAGCCGAGAAUGUAAGCAAUUUUCUGGAGGCUGAUUCAGUCUUUGGCCCGAAUUCUCGCCUUGUGUACAAGCAUUUCGCAACUCUUUACUUUGUCUUUAUUUUUGAUAAUUCUGAAAAUGAACUAGCAAUGCUUGACCUGAUACAAGUUUUUGUUGAAACCUUGGACAAAUGCUUCAAGAACGUGUGCGAGCUUGAUAUUGUGUUCAAUUAUAGCAAGAUGCAUACUAUACUAGAUGAGAUCAUAUUUGGAGGUCAGGUGCUGGAAACAAGUUCCACAGAAGUUUUGAAGGCUGUUGAAGAAAUAUCAAAGUUAGAAGCAUCUUCCAAUGCCAUUUCACUUGUUUCCAAAUCUGUCUCUAGUUGGCGAGGUCGCUAGUGCAUUCCAUUACCAAUGAAAUAAGGAAUUCUGCUUUAUAAAAAUGUUUUUCUUGUACUUGUGCAUAGAUGAUAUAUAUUCUCAUCAAUGGAGUCGAUUUUGUUGUAUCAUAUACUGUUUCUUUCAACGGAGCUUGUUCAGCAACUGAGCCUGUAAUCUUAUCUGUGAAAUGAUCUUUAUAUUCCUUACGCUCUCGUUGGCAAAGUCGGUAGAACUUUUUGUUAGACUGGUGAAAACUGAAAAAUUGGUUUCUUGUACUGGUGGACAGAUUAUGCAUCUACACAUUAAUAUACAGAGAUUGAUUGUUGGA